AUGCCAUGUCCCCAGCAGCGAAAGGCAUUGAUAGAGCAACUCGCCACAUUUCACAAUAGCUAUCUCAUGAACUGUCCAUUAUCCAACCACCUCCUCACCUUAACAAAACUGAAUGUUCAUCGCGCCUUCAUGUGCAACAUGGCGUCUCUAGGGAUUACCUGGGAAUGGAUGCAAGAGGAUUCAGUAUCCCCGUUCUACACGAUAGGGCCGGCAAAGGAGGUCGUACCAACGCGGCCGAACAUGCUUCCAACAACUCUCCAGAAAAGCAAUGAGCACCAUACCUGGAUUGAUUUGUUCCCCUGUCCUCUUAUGCGAGAUAAUCUAGUGAGGGCGGGAAACGAAUGGGAUGAUGAAGAUCUAUGCACGGAUGUUAUGGGCUUCUGGGAUGGAGGUUCACCUGAUCCUCAGGGGCUGAUUGUUUGGGGUGAUCCUUCUGAUAUUCGAAAUUGGGAACUUCAACCGGGGUUCGUGAAGAAAUGGGGUUGGAUUGUUCGAGGUUGUAGUGAGAUUAUACGCUCUACAAAUCAAUGGAGGGCGAAGAGAGGCGAGAGACCGUUGUUUGGGGCGUCGUUUCUUGCCUCCGCUUAA